GGAAUAGCUAUACAUCAGGCAUUCACGCAUUCAAAUACUUUCACGCGACAAAUUAGAGAUCUUUUCAUUUUCGUAUCAACGCUAGUAACCAAUCAGAGAUCAAUCCUUCUCUUUCCAAAUACUUUUUUCUCAUAGAGUUUCUCUUCCGAAUUUUAACCGCAUAGUUAGUCGCAAUUCAACGUCUCAAGUCGCAAGUAAAAAUUCUCUAUCGAACACUUAAUAUCUCUUGUAGAACACAAUAUGCUGUUAUAAUUCUCGUGAAAAUACGUAAUAAUAAUAUAUACAAAUUUGUUUGUAUUUUAAUCGAAAUCUUUUAAUCUUUGUGUUAAAUGUUACUUAUGUGUUUGUGUUAAAUAUUACAUUUUUAUCUUAUACGGUUUUAUUAUUUUAUCGAAUAUAAAAUAUAGUAAAUGAAAUCCAAUAAACUGAAAUACGAUUAUUAAAUUAUUAGAUUCUUUAAAAGCGUGUUUUUAAGAAUUAAAUAUUUUUUAAAGAUUCGUGAAUGUACAAUAGUAUUGAAAUAUCUUCUUUAUGUAAGAAUAAAUAUCAAGAAUGAUCCUUCCAUUUUACGAACUUCUUUUGUAGAUCAAAAUCGAACAAGACUUUUGAUCAUAUAAAAAUUCUUAAAAUAUAAUAUCGAUCAGUUGUUUGAACAAAUGUUAUAUAUUCCGUUAUAUUGAAUAUUAUUGAAGAUGGAACAAAAUUUAAAUUAUUACGUCUUACGUAUCAUUUUUAAAUAUUUAAAUGGACAGGAUUUAUCUAAUGCAUCGCAAGUUUGCAAAUCUUGGUUAGAAACAGCUGUGGAUGAAAAAAAAAGAAGAGGUCCUUCGUCUAAUACAAAGAGCAAAAAAGAAAUAAAAUCCUAUGAGAAUUGGGAAGACGUAAAAAAAGAAACGAUCGAAUAUUUCACGCUUAAACCAAUAUUAUGUAUGUUUUUUACUUAUGCAGUAAAAAAAGAUACACACUUACAAAGAUGUCAUUGCAAAUAUUUACCUCAUAAUUGUUACUCCGUAUCAGUGAACACAGACAGUUUUUUAUCGGAGGAAGAGUUUCUCGUUUCUAUGUGUUUUCCUAAGUUACAAAACAUACAAAUAUCAACGUUUACUUUUAAUAGACAUCCAUGGACAAUGGGAAUAUACUGUGAGGAAUUAAAAACUUUAUUUGAUAAUUCCUUUAAUAAUGCCGAAAAAUUAAGAACUACAAUUGAAGGUUUAUUCGUUAAUGAUUGUAAUAAUACAACAAGCUGUUGGAUUAUAUUAUGCAAAAUAUUCUAUGGGCCUUGUAUAGGAUUUGAUUUAGUGGAGCAUUUCUAUAAAUGGUUUCCACACAAAAGAAUUUUUGUAUGCGGUGGGAUUAUAAAUCAUAUAUCGGUUUGUAAUUCGGAACAUAAUUCACGUAUAUGCAGAGAUCAGGCGGAAUGUGUUGCUAUUUUAAUAAGUGGUACUGAAAUGCAAAUCUGGACUGUAUCUUUGGACGAAAUGAAUGAUGAUGUUCAAAGCUUCGAAGAUAAAAUUGAGGAUAUUAAACAGAUUGUUGAAUUAAAGAAGCACUCUAUAAUUUUCAUGUUUAUUUCUGAAUAUUGUACUACCUCUUUGAAUAAUUUAGAAUUAACUGUAUUCGAAUAUUUUCCAAGAGUGCCGAUAGUUAAAUAUAUAUGUCAUGGAGCAUUUGGAGGAGAAAAUUUGGAUGGUUUGUACAUCUUCAAAAAAAAAAAAAAAAAAAAAAAGAAAGACAAAAAAAACAACAUAUUAAUUUACAGAUAUUUAUAAAGUUAUUUCUUUCUAUGAUUAUUUCAGAGAAGUAUAUACAAGGUUGUAACAAUUUCGAGAACAAGGAUACUUCAGUAUUUAUGAUACUUACAUAUAAUUAAGUACUUAAUGGAAAUGAUGAUUGUUGUAGAAAUAUCCAUAACUUUUGCCAAUAUUUUAAUAUUUAAUAUAAAUAGUGAAUUGUAAUAAUAAAACAUAUGGAAAAAUAAAAAUAUAUCUGAUAUUCACA